UGACCGCGUCGCCGCUUCCUGUACCUUCCUUGAAUGAACCGCCACCCAACUCGACACUUUUGGUCAUAAAUUCCAUUCUCAAACCGAGCUCAGAAGAAAACAAUCGGACAGAGCGAGCGAGCGAGCGAGGUGGAAUAAAUGCGAGGAAGGAGUAGCUGCAGAAAUUCGUGAGUCGGAUUUGCUGCUGCUUCACGGAAAUGGCGACGGGCUCCGCCCAGGAUCAGGCCGAUACUGCUCUUCUUCAUGGCAAUGUUGCCGUUCCGGGCGGCGAGGGAGGCGGUGGCGGUACGAGGAUUGCGGUCGAGGCGGGAGGUGGAGGAAGAGAGACGAAAGCAGACGAUUUCGUGAGGAACCCUAGCGAUGGUGGUGGUGGUGGUCGCACUGCUGCUUCCGCCGCCGGCCCUCCCGUCGACGAUUGCUGCCCGAUCUGCUUCGGCGACUUCUCCGUCGCCUGUAAAGCGAACUGCGGCCAUUGGUAUUGCGGAGGGUGCAUUCUCCAGUUUUGGAACUACUCAGCAGCAGCAAGACCAUGCAAAUGCCCAAUGUGCUCGUCCAGCAUCACUAAGUUGACGCCAGAGGCAUCGUUACUCAAUCAACCAGAGCAGGGAGUUAAAGAGGUUUUGCGGGAUGUUGAGAGGUACAAUCGCCUGUAUGUUGGAGGAGCACGUGGCCUCGUUCAGGUAGAACUGGAGCCCCUAUCAAGUUUUCAGUUGAUUCUGUUUAUCUCAGAUUAACUGGAAGUUUAUUGAAGUGUUCCUUGUUGUAUAUUUCUUGUUCUGGGAGAGAACUAACUGGCAUUGUUAUGAACAGAAAGUGCGGGAAUCACCGUUAUUCUUCAAGCGAAUUGUUAUGCGGAUGAUGGAUCCUGAUAGACCAGAGUACUUCCUUCAGGAAGCUCGCCUCUUAGCUGUAAGUUCCUUAAACAUUAGACAUUUUUCUUCUGAAAUACGCAUUAUGGAUCUCGAUGAUGGGGCUAUUCUGUUCAGCUUCUCUGUUCAUGUAUGAUAAUGAGCAUUGUCUAUGCAUUCUCUCCCUUCGACUUCAUUCCAACAGGUGGGGCAGGAGUGGUGAGGCUGUUUGAUCACGCAGCCAUCAUAAUCGUUCUCGGCCUUCGACUGAUUGGACUUUACCGCCGACGAAGGCUUCAUCAACGUGUUAGGCAUAUGGCUGCCGCCCAACCUCUAGGUGAAUGACAGACAUUAUCGGAGUCGCUUAAGAGAGUGUACGCAGCAGUUUGUUCGUGUAAAGAGUUGAGAGUAUAGAGGCAGUCAUUUGUUUGUUUAAACCACUUGUAAUCAGUUGGAUCUUUGUGAGGGAGUGAGGGGUUGUUGCUCUUUGGCGUGCGGCUUUCUUUGUAAAUACCACAUAUAUGCACAUGUAUAUACAUAUCCACUAGCAAGAAAUUGGUGCAGGGAUGUAGUGAGUAGUGAUGGAAAGUUUACAAGUCUGCUUUUGCAACUAUUAGAUUUGGUUGAUUAUCGCUAUUUACUUUUAAAUAUUUG